AGCAACCCACUUUAUCGUUUGAUAUAAAAACCGUUAACAAUGUUAACGAUCAAGAUUCAAAAUUAUUACAUAGCACAGAAACCGUUAAUAAUAUCUCGCAGGAGCAAAAAAGUAUUACAAAUUCUACCGAAAAUUUAACCUUAGUAAGUGACUUCGUACAAGGUUUAUUACAAGAAUUUACCUCACAUAAUAAUCAAUGUUGGGAAUCUGUAGAGAUACCCAAUCCCACAUCCGUAUCAGAAAGUCUUCAGAAGCUUGCACAUUUAUUUCAUAAAGCAAGUAUCGCAAGAAAAAAUUCGAUCAAUACAAAAAGAGAAGAGAUUUUAUCCUGGGGUCGCUACUCUGAAAGAUAUGAAGAUAAGGCUAUAGAACUUAGAUCUGAGAAUAAAAAUCUUACGGAUAAAUCUGCAAGAAACAGGAUUUAUAAUGAAAUGAAGCCAUAUCUUUCAGGCAUUUCUGAUGGAUAUUUACGUGUAAUGACUUGUAAAGCAAGAAAAAUCAAUAAGUUAUUUGGAUAUGAAUAUGAUCCU